AUGGACUCGGGUGUGACAGAGAUGCCCAAGCAUGCAUGCUUUCCGGCCCGGAUCCAAACGCAUAUAAAAAACCAGAGCUCAAACUCGUCCUCGAUGAGCCACGAUGCGAUGGCGAUGGCCGAGCCCAUCCCAUCACCGCGCCGAUGGUCUCCCACCUAUAUACCCCGAAGGCGAAGCAGACAGAUGCCAUCACUAUCAUUCGUGCCGUCGCCAGUGAUGCCGCGCGAAGAAUCGCAUGACUCUUCGACUUCGUUAUCGCGGCGCCCAGUAGAACGGGGGCCAGCUUGCAUGUCACCCUUCCGCUCGGUGCGAAGAAUGAAAGAACCAUUUCAAUUAAUGCUUCCGACAUCCCCAGCGUCCAUCGAGGGCCCUCAGUCCAACUUUCCCGAAAAGCCAACAAAGGCAUCGAAAGCGCCUGCAGAUCACACAUUACGAACAUGGCGCUCAGACCAGAACCUUACUUGUGGCAGCUUGGAAGCAUUUGGCCUUCUACCUAGCCCGCCUAUAUCAGAAUCGCGCCCCGCAAGCACGGGUCCUGAGUUAUCUUAUUUUGAUUCGCAGUCCUCGGAUGGAUCAGGUCGAAUGAGCGAGGACAAGGACGAGAAGGAUGAGUCUGGUACCACUCAACCAGAUGUUUCCACAACAGCCGCAACACUCGAAAUCGGAGAAAGAAUACAGUACACAGCGUAUCGUCCCCCAGAUUGGAAGAGUCAACCGCGAACAGAUGUCAUGAAUGUUCAUGAAGCCCACUCAGAGUUCGUACGCCAGUGUGAGUCUAGCAAUAAACAGGAGUCACAACCAGAAUCUCCGAAAAAGACCGCACCUCCCCAAGCCUCUCCGAAGCCAGGGCAUGUUGAGAAAUUCCUUGUUCCUGGGAGCUCACCGAGACCCCAACGCCCCCGGACGGGGACAGUCUCGAGCGAAGCUAGCUGGGUGCCGAGCAACUUCUCAUACUGCGAAAGAUGGUUGCAAGGUGUGCCGGUUGACAAGGUAAAUGACCAAAAUCCAUCUACAAAGGAGUUCACCAAUCGGCGCAAGUUCCAGAUUGUUGAGAAUGAUCCUCCAAUGCCAAAGCUGGACAUCAUCCCGGGAGGGAAAGCCCUUGAAGGACCUGUUAGAUUUGUCGUUGCUAGCAAGACAAAACCCAAGCUUGUAGACAUCGCACGACAAUCAUCGCCGUCACUUCCCCUAAUUCCACCGCCAUGCUUGCUUCCCAACACUGUACCGACGACCCCAGAUCAGCGCCAAGAGGAAGUGUCCGCAUUCAGCCCCGACACUCCUCUUGCUAUGUCUGAUAGUGGUUAUGGAACUCGUGACUCCGGCUAUUCCUUUGAUAGCUAUGAUGAUAGCAAGGUCGUCGGUGACGACGACGAUGCAUAUACCGAUCCAGGAUCACUGACCUCAGACAGUGUCGGAUCAACCGUGAUCUGUGAAAAGCCUGAAUCCGCGCAGGGAGAGCGCGAGCCAAGCCCACAACCUGAAAUCAGAUCGGGCAGCGUGAGCCCAAAGGCAUCAUCCCCCCCAACAACUCACUCACCAGGGCCGGCGUCAAUCAUCUCUGAAAAGGAGGAUGAAAAACUACGCGUAUGGCACCAUGACUGGACGCUGGACGAUCAUGAAUGGACCCUGGACGAGCUGGACCACUCGGUCAAGGACUUUCCUCGCCAUAUGCUCCGGCUCGCAUCCCCUGUUAUGGUAUUCCUUCGCAAAAAUGACGAGAAGGCCCUCAUUAAGCCCUUCCGCACUAUAUUCCCCGAUGUCUCAGAGAACCUCCUCGACUGUCUCUGUGCUGCACUUCUCGCUCGAAACUACCUCCUUGCUCUAUCAACCAUCCACCGAACCAAGACGCCUAUCUCUCCGCGCAAAGACGCAUAUGUUAUCGACGGCGUCCCGAAAAAAGCAUACACCACACUAGGGAUCCAGCUUCCAUCUGGGUCUGCUAGCAAGCCUAAGGAUCCCCUCUUCAGCUCUCGCAGCAUGGAGCUCCAGGCAAACCUCGAGCGAAUUGUGGACAACCUCCUAUUUGCCAUCUGCGGCCGAUCAGACCCUACUUUGAAAUCGGCCGUUGAAGUCCUCGCCCAAGUGCUCGAAACCACUGUAUAG